UGAUCGCUCCUGGUCUUGCAGCCAUGCGGCUCCUCUGGGGGCUGAUCUGGGCGUCCAGCUUCGCCUUGUCUCUGCAGGAGCCCAGGUUGCUCCUGUUUUCUCCUUCCGUGGUUCACCUGGGGGCCCCCCUGUCGGUGGGGCUCCAGCUCCAGGACGCUCCUCGGGGACUGGAAGUGAGAGGGUCCGUGUUCCUGAGAAACCCUUCCCAUCACAAUGCCCCCUGCUCCCCGAAGGUGGACUUCCUCCUCACCUCCCAGGAGGACUUCGUUCUCCGCAGCCUCCAGAUACUCCCCAACGGUGCCAACAGCUGUGGCCUCAAAAGCCUCCUCGGAGGCCCCAAGAUCCAGCUGGUGGCCCAGUCACCGUGGCUGAAGCGCUCUCUGUCCAAAGAGGUGGACACUCAGGGCGUCAACCUGCUCUUUUCCUCGCGCCGCGGGCACCUUUUCCUGCAGACCGACCAGCCCGUUUAUAACCCUGGCCAGCGGGUUCGGUACCGGGUCUUCGCUCUGGACCAAAAGAUGCGCCCGACCACAGACAGCCUCACGGUCACCGUGGAGAACUCGCAUGGCCUCCGCGUGCGGAAGAGGCAGGUGUACGCUCCCUCCUCCAUCUUCCAGGAUGACUUUGUGAUCCCGGACAUCUCAGAGCCAGGGACCUGGAAGAUCUCGGCCAGAUUCUUGGACAGCCCGGACUCCAACUACAGCACCCAGUUCGAGGUGAAGAAGUACGUCCUUCCCAACUUUGAGGUGAAGAUCAUCCCCGGGGAGCCCUACAUCCUGACAGCACCUGGCGUUCUUGGGGACAUCCAGUUAGACAUCCAGGCCAGGUACAUCUACGGGAAGCCGGUGCAGGGGGUGGCGUACGUGCGCUUUGGGCUCCUGGAUGAGCGUGGUGUCAAGACUUUCCUUCGGGGACUGGAGAAUCAGACCAAGCUGGUGGAGGGCCAGUGCCACGUCUCCCUCGCCAAGGCUGAGGUCCAGGGCGCCCUGGAGAAGGUUGGCGUGCAGCCGGCAGACCUCCCAGGGCUGCGCCUCUACGUGGCGGCGUCCGUCAUCGAGUCUCCAGGGGGAGAGCUGGAGGAGGCCGAGCUCACAUCCUGGCGUUUUGUGUCAUCUCCCUUCUCCUUGGAUCUUAGCCACACCAAGCGACACCUCGUGCCUGGGGCCCCCUUUCUGCUGCAGGCACUGGUCCGCGACAUGUCAGGCUCCCCCGCCUCUGACAUUCCCGUCAAAGUUGCUGCCACGUUCUCUCCGGGAUCUGCUUCUGAAACACAUGAUAAGCGAAACACAGAUGAGCGCGGCCAAGUCCUUGUCUCCAUCAACGUCCCUCCCACCACCUCGGAAGUGCAGCUCUCGGUGUCUGCAGGCUCCCUCCAUCCAGCCACAGCCAAGCUCACCGUGAGGGCCCCACCCUCCGGAAGCUACGGGUUCCUGUCCCUUGAACGGCUGGAUCCUCAACCCCCUCGAGUUGGGGACACUUUCCGCCUGAACCUGCGAGCCGUGGGCGUCCGUGGGGCCAGCUUCUCCCACUUCUACUACAUGGUCCUGUCCCGGGGACAGAUCGUGUCUGUGGGCCGAGAGCCCAGGGGGGCCCUGACCUCGGUCUCCGUGUUUGUGGACCACCGCCUGGCACCCGCCUUCCACUUUGUGGCCUUCUACUACCACGGGGGCCUCCCCGUGGCCAACUCCCUGCGGGUGGACGUCCAGGCUGGGGCCUGUGAGGGCAAGCUGGAGCUGAGUGUGGACAGUCACAAGGACUAUCACCCUGGGGAGGUGCUGAAGCUCCAGCUGCACACGGACUCCGCGGCCCUGGUGGCCCUGGGGGCUGUGGACACGGCUCUGUACGCCGUGGGCGGCAGGGCCCACAAGCCCCUGGACAUGGGCAAGGUCUUCGAAGUCAUGAACAGCUACGACCUCGGGUGUGGUCCUGGGGGUGGGGACAGCGCCCUGCAGGUGUUCGAGGCGGCCGGUCUGGCCUUUUCUGAUGGACACCGAUUGACUUCGACCCGAAAUAGCCUGAGCUGUCCCAAGGAGCAGAAAACCCGGAAAAAGAGAAACGUGAACUUCCAGAAAGCAAUUAGCGAUAAGUUGGGCCAGUACGCUUCCCCAGAGGCCAGGCGCUGCUGCCAGGACGGGCUGACGCGGCUGCCCAUGACGCGCUCCUGCGAGCAGCGGGCGGCCCGGGUGCCGCAGCCGGCCUGCCGAGAGCCCUUCCUGUCCUGCUGCCAGUUUGCCGAGGGCCUGCGCAAGAAGACCCGGGCCCAGGGCCGCGUGGGCCUCGCCCGAGCCCUGGAGAUCCUGCAGGAGGAGGACCUGAUGGAGGAAGACGACAUUCCUGUGCGCAGCUUCUUCCCCGAGAACUGGCUCUGGAGGGUGGAGUCCGUGGACCGCUUCCUCCAGUUGUCACCGCUGCCGCUCCCUGACUCUCUGACCACCUGGGAGAUCCACGGUGUGAGCCUGUCCAAAACCACAGGCCUGUGUGUGGCCAGACCAGUCCAGCUCCGAGUGUUCCGUGAGUUUCACCUGCACCUCCGCCUGCCCAUCUCCGUUCGCCGCUUUGAGCAGCUCGAGCUGCGGCCUGUUCUGUACAACUACCUGGACACAGAUCUGCAUAUGAGCGUCCACGUGGCCCCGGUGGACGGGCUGUGCCUGGCUGGGGGCGGAGGGCUGGCCCAGCAGGUGCUGGUGCCUGCACACUCUGCCCGGCCCGUUGGCUUCUCUGUGGUGCCCACGGCGGCCGCUGAUGUGUCCCUGAAGGUGGUGGCUCGAGGGUCCUUGGAGUUCCCUAUAGGGGACGCAGUGUCUAAGAUUCUAAAAAUCGAGAAGGAAGGCGCCGUCCACAUGGAGGAGCUGGUCUAUGAGCUCAACCCCCUGGACCACCGAGGCCGGACCCUGGAAAUUCCCGGCAGCUCUGAUCCCAAUAUUAUCCCCGAUGGAGACCACAGCAGCUUUGUCAGGGUCACAGCCUCAAGUCCACUGGACACCCUGGGCUCCGGGGGGGCCUUGUCAGCAGGAGGCGUGGCCUCCCUCCUGAGGCUGCCGCAGGGCUGCGGGGAGCAAACCAUGGUCCUCUUGGCUCCGACCCUGGCUGCUUCCCGCUACCUGGACAAGACGGAGCAGUGGAGCAAACUGCCCCCAGAGACCAAGGACCGCGCGGUGGACCUGAUCCAGAAAGGGUACAUGCGGAUCCAGCAGUUCCGGAAAACGGACGGCUCCUAUGGGGCGUGGCUAAGUCGGGACAGCAGCACCUGGCUCACAGCCUUUGUGUUGAAGGUACUGAGUUUGGCCCAGGAACAGGUGGCCGACUCACCUGAAAAGCUGCAGGAGACGGCCAAGUGGCUGCUGUCCCAGCAGCAGGCCGACGGCUCCUUCCGGGACCCCUGUCCCGUUAUCCACAGGGGCAUGCAGGGCGGCUUGGUAGGAAAUGACGAGACGGUGGCCCUGACGGCCUUCGUGGUCAUCGCCCUUCAUCACGGGCUGGCCGUCUUCCAGGACGGGCGUGCGGAGCAGCUGAAGCAGAGAGUGGAAACGUCCAUCUCAAAUGCAAACUCAUUUCUGGGGGCAAAAGCGAGUGCUGGGCUCCUGGGUGCCCACGCCGCCGCCAUCACGGCCUACGCCCUGACGCUGAGCAAGGCCCCUGAGGACCUGCGGGACGUGGCCCACAACAACCUCAUGGCCAUGGCCCAGGAGACAGGCGAUAAGCUGUACUGGGGCUCGGUCAUCAGUUCUCAGAGCAACGUGGUGUCGCCCACGCCGGCUCCUCGCAGCCCGGCAGACCCCGUGCCCCAGGCGCCGGCCCUGUGGAUCGAAACCACAGCCUACGGCCUGCUGCACCUGCUGCUCCGGGAGGGCCGGGCGGAGAUGGCGGACCAGGUUGCAGCCUGGCUCACCCACCAGGGCAGCUUCCAGGGGGGAUUCCGCAGCACCCAGGACACGGUGAUCGCCCUGGACGCGCUGUCUGCGUACUGGAUCGCUUCCCACACCUCCGAGAACGGGGUGCUCAACGUGAGCCUCAGCUCCCUGGGCCGCAAUGGGCUCAAGACCCACGUGCUGCAGCUGAGCAACCACCAAGCUCAGGGGCUGGAGGAGGAGCUGCAGUUUUCCUUGGGCAGCAAGAUUGACGUGAAGGUGGGAGGAAACAGCAAAGGAACCUUGAAGGUCCUUCGCACCUACAACGUCCUGGACAUGCAGAACACCACCUGCCAGGAUCUUCAGAUCGAGGUGACGGUCCUGGGCCACGUGGAGUACACAAUGGAGGCCAAGGAGGACUACGAGGACUACGAGGACUACGAGAACCAGGAGGGCUUCGCGGGAGACGACCCGGGGGCCCUUCCCCAGCCCGUGACGCCCCUGCAGCUGUUUGAGGGGCGGAGGAGCCGCCGCAGAAGGGAGGCGCCCAAGGUGGCCGAGGAGCAGGAGGCCCGAGUGCAGUACACCGUGUGCAUCUGGCGGAACGGCAAGGUGGGGCUGUCGGGCAUGGCCAUCGCGGACAUCACCCUCCUGAGCGGGUUCCACGCCCUGCGGGCUGACCUGGAGAAGCUCACUUCCCUCUCUGACCGUUAUGUGAGUCACUUUGAGACCUCUGGGCCCCACGUCCUGCUGUACUUCGACUCGGUCCCCACCUCCCGGGAGUGCGUGGGCUUUGGAGCUGUGCAGGAGGUGGCCGUGGGGCUGGUGCAGCCGGCCAGCGCCACCCUGUACGACUACUACAACCCUGAGCACAAGUGUGCUGUGUUUUACGGGGCACCAACUAAGAGCAAACUCGUGUCCACGCUGUGCUCCGCCGACGUCUGCCAGUGUGCAGAGGGGAAGUGCCCCCGACAGCGGCGUGCCCUGGAGCGGGGGCUGGUGGAGGAGGAUGGCUACCGGAUGAAGUUCGCCUGCUACUACCCCCGCGUGGACUACGGCUUCCACGUUAAGGUUCUCCGAGAAGAUGCCAGAGCUGCCUUCCGCCUCUUUGAGACGAGUGUCAUCCGAGUGCUGCACGUCUCCAAGGAUGCCCAGGCCGCUGCUGGUCAGACCCGGAACUUCCUGGUUCGAGCCUCUUGCCGCCUUCACUUGGAACCCGGGAAAGAAUAUCUGAUCAUGGGACUGGACGGGACCACCCGUGACCUCAAGGGACAACCCCAGUACCUGCUGGACUCGAACAGCUGGAUCGAGGAGAUGCCCUCGGAGCGCCUGUGCCGGAGCACCCGCCAGCGCGCCGCCUGCGCCCAGCUCCGCGGCUUCCUGCAGGAGUACGGCACGCAGGGCUGCCAGGUGUAGGCUGCCCUCCCGGGAGGAGCCCCGGGCUGGCCCGGCUCAAUAAACACCUUCCACAGCCAA